ACACCUUUUAAAACACAGCAACUAACAGCAAUUUGGGGGCUCCUUUUAACGACUAUCAAGCCCUAAAACUCUACGAAACAAACAUGGCAGUUUCUUUCAUAGUUAAAGCUUCCAUCCAGCUUCAUUGUCGAGCCAUUUUCAUUCCCUGGGUGCAGAAGUUCAGUGCCAUAAGCUGCUCCAGAGGCAGAGAUUAUAGCGUAUUUCCAGUCCGGCACAUUCCCAAGAAAUCUAAAGAAUGCCAAGAGUUGGAAGCUGCUUCACCAAGGAAGCACUUUUUGGACAUAGAAAAGCAGAGUUACGUGGACAGGAAUGUUCAGGAAACUGAAUUUUCUGUUGGUGGAAGGUUGAAGAAUGGAGGCAUAUCUUUUAAUUCCAAGUCUCAAAAUCAUAAACAAAGGCUUCUGACCAGCGUAGACAAUGAGGUUGAAUGGGGGAAGGAAGAUGAAGUUAAUGCAGAUUUUAGGCUUGGGCGCGGUAUAGCCGAAACUGAUAAAGCUAGAGUAGAUGCAGAAAGGAUAGCAGUUCAAUUACUUGCUUCAAGAGCACUUACGGCUGCAGAAGUGAAGAAGAAACUCCUGGGAAGAAAGUUUACAAUCAGUGUUGUUAAUGCUGUAAUUACAGAUUUCCAUACCAGGGGUUUAAUCAAUGACAGUCUGUAUGCUGAAAUGUUUUCUCGGUCCAGAUGGUCUUCCUCAAGUUGGGGUCCAAGACGAAUCAAGCAAGCCUUGAUCAAGAAGGGUGUAAGCGAAGCGGAUGCAGAGAAGGCCGUAAAAUUGGUCUUCAAGAAUGACGAAGCUGUUGAAGAGGAAGACUCAGGACAAUCAGUAGUUACUAUGUCGAGACCUUCUCUGGAUCAAUUGUUUGUCCAGGCAUCUAAGCAGUGGCUUAAAGGGCAGGGUGUGCCUAGAGAAAAACGUAAAGCAAGGAUUGUUCGUUGGCUUCAGUACCGUGGCUUUGAUUGGAGUGUGGUUAGUUUCAUACUUAAGAAGUUAGAAUCCAGCUAUCCUGAGUAGAGCCCCAUUACACAGCGAAAGGGAUUAUGAUGAUUUUGUUUGCUGUUGCCAUUGGAGUGUGGUUAGUUUCAUACUUAAGAAGUUAGAAUCCAGCUAUCCUGAGUAGAGCCCCAUUACACAGCGAAAGGGAUUAUGAUGAUUUUGUUUGCUGUUGCCAUUGGAGUGUGGUUAGUUUCAUACUUAAGAAGUUAGAAUCCAGCUAUCCUGAGUAGAGCCCCAUUACACAGCGAAAGGGAUUAUGAUGAUUUUGUUUGCUGUUGCCAUUGGAGUGUGGUUAGUUUCAUACUUAAGAAGUUAGAAUCCAGCUAUCCUGAGUAGAGCCCCAUUACACAGCGAAAGGGAUUAUGAUGAUUUUGUUUGCUGUUGCCAUUGCUGGAUGAAGUAGGCAAGAGCACUGCUUCCAACUGUAAAAUGGCUCUUAGUGGAAGUACAAGAAAAUGGAUCAGUUAUUCAGUCUAGGGCUGUUCAAAACCGAACCAUAACCGUUAACCAAACCGAUUGGCUUAUUGGUAUCAGGUUAUCGGGGUAAUGGUUGGUGAACGGAUUGAAAUUUUAUAAUUAACGGUUUAACGGUUUGGGGGCGAAUUACUCAAUUUCCUUAUCGGAUAAACGUUAACCCGUUAAGAAUUUUUAUAUUUAUACUUUUACCCCUAUGUAUAUAAAGUAAUAUUUGAUGUAUGAUUGGAUUUGAUGGUAAGUAACAGAUGUAGACGUUGAUGUAUGAUUAGAUGUUUGAUUUUUCUAUGGAAAUGGUAUUUAAAAUCAUGCUGGAGAA